AUGGUUGACGCACCCGAGGCAUCAGGAGCAGCGGGAGCAGGAGGAGCAGCUGAUGCGGGCGAGGUGCAGGAUCCGAAGCUCGUGCUCGCGCAGAAGCUCUUCCUGCUGCGCCUGCCGUCCACGUCGGAUCUGGAUAAGGCUCGGAUAAAGGAGGAAGUGCUCGAAGAGAUUUUCCGCGAUGACCUAGCAUCGCUGUACGUGGCGGGCAGCAGCGAGUACGGGUGGGAAGUGCAGCAGGACAAGGUUGAUGCGAUGCAGACGCGGAUAGCAGAGGAGGUGGUGAAACUGGACGACAAGAUCAAGGACGCGGAGGAGAACCUGGGGGAGAGCGAGGUGCGCGAGGCCAUGCUUGCCAAGGCGUUGUACUUCAUCCGCGUGGGGGAUAAGGACAAGGCCCUGGCGCAACUGGAAGCAACUAAGGCCAAGACAGUAGCUGUGGGGCUGAAGAUGGACCUCGUCUUCCACGCGCUCAGAGUCGCCUUCUUCCACCUCGACUUUCCCCUCAUCUCCUCCAGCCUAGACAAGGCCAAGAAGUUGCUUGAGGAAGGAGGCGACUGGGAGCGCAAGAAUCGCCUCAAGGUGUACGAGGGUCUGUACUGUCUCGCAUCUCGCGACUUCUCCCGGGCUGCAGACCUGUUUCUGGGAGCCAUCGCCACCUUCACGACGUAUGAGCUGCUGCCGUACCGCUCCCUCGUCUUCUACACUGUCAUCCUCAGCGUGGUGGCACUUGACAGGGUGGCUCUGAAACAGAAGGUCAUAGACGCCCCGGAGAUCCUAACAGUCAUCGAUCAGAUCCCCCACCUGGGGCCUUUUGUCGACAACCUGCAUGCAUGCGACUACAAAGCCUUCUUCCGCGCAUUCUCUGGCCUAACGGAGCCCAUAAGGCAGGACCGCUACCUGCAUCCACACAUGCGCUUCAUCCUGAGGGAGGUGCGAGUGGUGGCAUACUCGCAGUUCCUGGAGAGCUACAAGAGCGUCACAGCGGACGCCAUGGCUCGCAGCUUCGGGGUGUCUCUUGACUUUAUUGACAGCGAGCUGUCACUGUUCAUUGCAAGCGGGCGCCUCAACUGCAAGAUAGACAAGGUGGCAGGGGUGCUUGAGACCAACCGCCCAGAUGCGCGUAAUGCACAGUACCAAUCAGUGCUGAAGCAGGGUGACCUGCUGCUUAAUCGCAUUCAGAAGCUGUCACGGGUGAUUGAUGUGUGA